UCCGUCUACGGCCGCCCAGUCGAACGAGGUCGUCUCUGUGACCGCCGUCUGUGAACGUCCAGUUUGUCCCGUGCCUGCGACCCGUUCACAACGAACGCUAAACGUAACGCUAGAGGAAAAACAAAAGUCCACAUCGAAAAAUUCGUUUUGUUUCGCCAAGUGAAUGUUGCCGUAAACGCGAUUCAGUGGCUCCCCAACGGUGGUGUUAGCUGUCGUUGUUUGCUCGUUGUUUACAACGACUUACAAUAUGAUGCGAUAAGCGAGGAGCGUGUUAUUUGUUUUGUUUAUUUUGCGCCGGACCUUGUUUUAUUGUUAAAUCCGUCAGGACUAAAGUAUUUGCGUCGUAAAGUGAUCGCUUAUCAGAAGAAGAAAGUCAAAACAAAAGCAGACAGAUGAUUCAGAAAAACGUUGUCAUUAAUGGUGGCCGGGCGGCACUACCUGGACCGAAGACAACAGAGAAUGAGGUCGUCGACAACAGCCAAAAGAUGAGAGUGAAGCUGGAACGAGUCCUCGGCUUGACCGUCACAUCAAAUGCGGCGCUGGCCUGUGAUCACAAUACUGGAACCAUCGCCUAUCCUGCAGGAUGCGCCGUGGUGUUGUUCAACCCACGCAAGAACCGUCAAACUCACAUUGUCAAUCCAUCGCGUAAAACGCUGACGGCGGUGGCGUUUUCGGCCGAUGGCAAGUACCUGGUGACGGGCGAAUGCGGUCACCAGCCGUCCGUCCGCAUUUGGGAUUUGGCCGAUAGGAGCCAGGUGGCCGAAUUUGCCGGGCACAAGUUUGGCGUCGUUUGCGCGGCUUUUUCCCCCAACCACAAGUACGUGGUAUCGGUCGGUUCUCAACAUGACAUGAUUGUCAAUGUGUGGGACUGGCGUAGCGGUGUCAAAGUGGCCUCCAACAAGGUGUCGUCCAAGGUGAAGGCCGUCUCGUUUGCAGAGAACGGCUCCUACUUCGUGACGGUGGGCAACCGGCACGUCAAAUUCUGGUACCUGGAAUAUUCUCGUUCAGCCAAGUAUAAGGAACCUGUGCCGUUGAUGGGUCGAUCGGCCAUAUUGGGCGAGCAGCGCAACAACUAUUUUUGUGAUGUCGGAUGCGGUCGCGGUGAGAUGGGCGACUCUACGUACGCCAUCACCAAGACGGGCCUCCUCUGCGAAUUCAACAACCGUCGCCUGCUCGACAAAUGGGUCGAAUUAAGGACGUCGAGUGCCAAUUGCUUAGUGGUGGGUGAACAGCACAUCUUCGUCGGGUGCGCUGAUGGCAUCGUCCGAUGCUUCAGUCCAUUUACGCUGCAGUUUGUCACGACUCUGCCGAGGACGCACUAUCUCGGCGUCGACGUCGCCAAAGGUCUGUCCAUCAGUCAUAUGGCCUCGCAUCCGGCCAAUGCCAAAUACCCAGACACUGUGGCGCUCACCUACGACGAGACGAACCACAAAGUGGCCUGCGUCUACAGCGAUCGCAGCCUCUAUUUGUGGGACGUCACCGAUAUCCGCAAGGUUGGCAAAUCGCAUUCGUUUUUGUACCACGCCGCUUGCAUCUGGGGCGUAGAAUCGUACCCCUCGUCCAAAGAAGGCAUGAAGGGCGUUCUGCCCACUGGCUCGUUCGUGACCUGCUCGAGUGACGAUACGAUCCGCGUCUGGAAUCUCGACCCCAACAUGGGCACCAACACCAUCUAUCGGCGCAACAUUUACAGCAAUGAUCUGCUGAAGACCUUGUACGUUGACCAAGAGCUGACUUUCCUCAAGGAUCAGGAUCUGGCAGCGGGAGGCUCGUCGGACAAAACUGACUCGACCUACGAUGCGCGUAAUGGAGUGCGAUGUAUCCGCAUCAGUCCGGAUGGCAAACAUCUGGCUUCGGGUGACCGAGCCGGUAACAUUCGGAUUCACGACAUGCAAUUCAUGGAUCAGCUGUAUAAAAUCGAAGCCCACGAUUCGGAAGUGCUAAGCCUGGAGUACUCGAAGCCCGAAUCCGGUUUAAGGCUGUUGGCUUCGGCUUCGCGUGAUCGUCUUAUUCACAUCUUUAGCGUUGAUCAGGGCUACAGUUUUGUUCAGACACUCGAUGACCAUUCGUCGUCCAUCACCUCCGUGCGGUUCGUUUUAAGUCACGGGCUCUUUCAGAUGGUCUCGUGCGGUGCCGACAAGUCGCUCAUAUUCCGCCAACUGCAACAGACUAAUGGCAACAGCCAGGUGCAGUUUGCCCGGGGGCACAAUAUCGUCGGCAAGACCACCUUUUACGACAUGGAAUCGGACCAGAGCCAGAAGCACAUCUUGACGGCUUGCCAGGAUCGCAGCGUCCGAGUCUACAACACGUCGACGGGCAAGCACAGCAAGACUUUCAAAGGAUCCAACAGCGAUGACGGAACCCUUAUCAAACUCUGCCUGGAUAGCAGUGGCCUAUACGUAGCCACCAGCUGCACGGAUAAGACGUUGGCCGUUUACGAUUAUUACUCGGGCGAAUGCAUGGCAACCAUGUACGGCCAUUCGGAGCUAGUGACGGGCCUUCGUUUCACCAAUGACGGCAAACACCUCGUCAGCGUUUCGGGCGAUGGUUGCGUCUUCAUCUGGAAAUUGCCACACGAUAUGACGGUGACGGUUCAAGCACGGCUGACUCAGCAGAGUGCCCGAGCGGCCAAGGAGAGCCGGCGGACCACCUACAACGCUCAAGGAGGUAGCGGCGGCAGUGGAGGCCCCUUGUCGCCGGAAUUGAAGACCGACAACGAGGAAUUCGGCUCACCGCCGCCGGAAUUGUUUGAUCCCAACGCCAACGCUCAUCAGCAGGGAAUGGAAGAAGACUAUCGCUUCAGCGUCGGCCAGCUGCCACACUGGGCCAAGAAGCAAAUCGGUGAAAACAAUCCAGCCAAGCCCGGCAGCAACGCCAAAGGAGGAGUUGAUUUACCCAAGGGUCGUUGGGCCCAGCGGAUGGAUACCACAAACGCUUCCGGCAUCACCGUCAAAUCGUUCUACCAAGGCGAUAGCGUCAUUCCGUUUCCUCCAUCGCAGAUGGAAAAGGGAAACCUGGCCGACUCCGACGGCUCCAAGGACAGUUCGCUGGAGAGUAACGAAUUCCGCAGCUACGGCCGUAACGAUGGAACGUUUCUGAAGGAGAACGAACCUGACGAGUUUGUCCCUUGUCCUGCGAGCCUCGAUGAAAUCGAGCGCGCUUCUCUCGCUUUCCAGAUCCCGACGUCGAAGAUAACGCGGCGAGGUGGCGAAAGUUCUGCAGAAAGCGGACGUGGGCGAACGCUGACUGACGACAGCAGUGCCAGCAGUUUAAAAAUGGAGGAUUUCGAGGGCACCGAGCACGACGGUGAUGUAGAGGAUUAUUCGGACAACGAGUCAACCGAGCCAGAACAAACGGAAAAACUUAUGUAUUAUCCUCAAAACGAAGAGACUAGCAGUGAUUACACCGUCAACGCCAUGGAUGUUGAGGAGUUACGCCGAUCACAGCGUCGUGUAAAGAAACCCCGUUCGACCGCCGCGGACCUGGGCAUUAGUUACACUCUGAACCCGCCGAGUAGUACGGUUUCCGUCUCCGGAUCGCAAGAUUCGGAAGACGACGAUGAUGAAGUGUCUACCCCUAGCGGUGAGCUUGCCGAACGGAACCUACUGUCGCUUCUAUCCGUCAGUUCCGAAAGUCUGGAUCGAGUAGGCCGUCGCGAAUCGUACCUGAAGAGUAAUUUCGAGUCGCUAGGAGGCCAGAACGAUAACUUGGAUAUGACCGUCGUCUCUGGCGAAACGGACGACGGAUCACCUUUAAACAAAUCGAAUUUGAGCAGUUUGACAUCCAAAUUUUUGACCAAAAGCAACAGCAAUGCAGACAUGAUCAGCGCCGUAAAGGCCAACCAGCGUGAUCCGGAGGCUGCCCGGAAGCGUGAAGAAUUGCAGCGCAGAAUCGAAGAAACUAGACGCAAAUUGCAAAGCAUUGGCUACAAGUCCAACUUGAGGAACAGUCAGAGUAUCACCGAUCUUCGAGAGAGUGGACCUGCCUCGCUGACGGCAUCGCCAACUCCAACUAUGUCGUCGUCGGCCACCGGAGUAGGAGGCGCCGGAAACUUGGACUCGUCGUCGAUGAGUGGCCGUACUUGGGGCUCGGCCAAGGAUCGAGUUGCCACCGAUGAGGAAGCUGACGGUGAGAACGGCAACAGUGGCCUACGUCGGGCAUGCUCUUUGAGCGACCUCUCGAAACCUUCGCCACGUAGACUCUUGCCCUCUCCACCCAACAAUGUGUCGGGGAAAGUGUCGCGACCAAUGGCUACCACUCCACAGGCCCAGCCACAACCCCAGAAAGCCAGGCAGUUUGUCCAAACUCAGCCUGCCAAGCGGACGUCCCUCAGACCCUUAUCGGCCGAUCUGACUCGCAGCUCUUCUAUGGGAUUUCUCAAUCAGGCCAACGAUUCCGACAGUGAACUCAAACGACCCCAAUCGAGCGCUUCUGGUUCGACCAAUCAUAUCCAUUCCAACCGUGCAAACCUGACGGUCGCUUCUGGCGUUUCGAAAUCGCCUUCGUUUGGGUCCAUUUCGCGGCCGUUGUCUAACCAGUCGGCCAUGCGACCCACCAUCAGCUCGGCCAACAAAGCGGCUGCCUCCGGGGGAGGUAAAGUCGGUGCCGGUGGAGGCAGCAGCGCGGGCACUCCGAUGAAAUCGUUGCAACCUGUUCGCCGAAUUUCUUCAGCCGUGUCAACUGGCGACAUCCAACAGGCGUUGCAUGACUCAUCCAGCUCCGAGGACACUGGCGGAACCGAGCCGAAAACCAACGUCAAGGCUAGGGUGAUGAGCUUUGAGAAAACGGUGGGCGGCCGCAACGAAAAAGCCCGUUCUCUUCUUCUCACGCCGCCCACCAAGACCAAUCCGGCCCGCCGUAGUCUUUUCAACAGUCCAGUCACACCUACGACGUCAUCUACUUCGGCCAUUGGCGCACCCCGAUCGGCACCGACCCCUACCCUAGCCGAGAGCGGCCAUCAACAUGAUACCAACAAAGUGUUGUCGCGUGCCUCGUGCGAAUUGGCUAUCGAGGCGAUGAAAGCCGCCACUGAACAGCUCCUGCUUUUACAGCGUCGAUUGGCAGGUGGAACUGGAUCAUCGGAAGGGUCCGAAUCGAAUCUGUCGGAUCGGGAACGCGCCGAAUUGCUGCAGUUGCUCUCCACGGCUUCUGUGCCGAUAAUCCAAAGUCUGAAAACCCUGCAAUUUCCGCCAGCAGGCAUCGAGCUGGACCGCUUGGCUAAUGCGACGUCGCCACAACCGAGCGAAAACAACCCGUUAAUGGUCCAAAUGAUGCAGCAGUACUCUGACAUGCUUCUCUCGAUGAUUCACCAAAGGAUGGGCGUACCAGCUCCGCCUUCUCCCAGAUAGCUUCGAGUCUCAACAGCCAAAAAAAUGAAAAAAGACGCCCCUAAUAGCUGUAAUUCAGUCAGGCGUUGUUAAUUGCCACACAUCACGAGAUCUAUAUUCCUGAACGAGAAAUCUUUCAAUGACCUCCUUGUCCCUUCUUCAUUGUAUUCUCAGUUGCUAAACGGAAGUUAGAGGCCAUGUAAAAGGGUCUGCCAGUCGAGCUCUCUUUCUCUCUUUUUUUUUCUCUCUCUCUCUCUUUUGGAAGCCCCGUCGGUGCCAUUUCCGUCAUUCUCUACUUCCGCGUUGAUUCCCCUCCCCCCCACUUUUUAAAACUCUCCAACAGGGUUUCAUUAUCUGAAAUAAUCCUUCAACCCAAUUUUGUACCAUAGCGGUGGGAACGGUAACAUUCCUGUCUCUUUUGGGUUCCGUCGAUUAACGUGUUAUUUGCGAUAUUUAGUAAGGGCUUCUAUGGUUUAUUUGCCAAUCAAUUUUUUUUAUAUAUAUAUACAAAAAGACUGAGACUAAUUAACUACAACAUUUCCAUUCAUUCCAACCCAAUCGCUUUCGACGCGGUCAAGUUUUCAAAUCGGUCUGAAAUUUUUCAAUAAUUUUUUUUUUGUUCGUUUAUUUUUUUAAGAUUAUCACAAGUUCAUUGCAACGCGUAGAAUAAGCCGCCCCAUCCCCUCAUCAUUGUACAUUGUAUCUGUAACAUAGUUAUUAAAAGAAAUGAAAGGAAAUGAAAGGAAAUGGAGGAGUUUCCGUGCCAUACUGAGACGUUGGAGGCCACUUCAUAUUCCGUCAAUGUUUCACUAUUCGAUUGGCAUAUUGGAAACCACGUCUGCAUCCACCAUGAGCCAAGCCUUUUCUGGGAAAUGAAUCGCCCUAUGAUGCAUGAUUUUCUUCUGUAGACCAUACUUCCAUCAGUAAAAAUUCCAGGUUCAACAUUUUCUCGGCAUUGCAUUGCUAACAAAAUGAGUGGAAAUAAACAUACUUUGAAAAUUGUAAAAA